CUCUCUUAAAACACAUGUCAUAACAACUCUGCAAUCUCCAAAAAAUUCUCUCUGUCUAAAUCCAGCAACAAUCAUCAUUCCUAAAAAUUGUUUAAACAUAACAAUCAUCAGUGAUGAGUGAAUUAUCAGACUGGAAAUGCGAGCCCUCGAACUACAUAACAGAAAUCAGGAGAAUGAUGUACGGCUUUGGCGACUCCUCAGAGCCCCUGAUAGAAUCAGCAACAUUGAUAAAUGAUGUUGUGCAGAAGCAGAUGAAGGGGAUUGUUUAUGAGGCGUGCAGAGUGGCUGACAGGAGACAAUCGGAUGUUGUUGAGGAGCAGGAUUUCCUAUUUCUUCUGCGUCGAGAUAAAGUUAAAUUACAUCGGUUGCUGAAAUAUCUUCAAUUCAAAACAACCGUCAGGAAAGUGCUCGACACAAAUCUAUUUUCAUCCACUGAAGAGUCAUCAAAUGAAAUAAAAUUCGACAAACGGUUCCACCAAUUUCUGAGCAAUAUUGAGAGCCCCAGUGACACAACAACCGUCGACCACGUGAAGAAAGCCCGCGACUUACGGGCUGAAAUGCUCUCUCGAAGGCUGGACGCCGUUCGCUACAUGGAGUACAGCACCGCGAGAUCAGCCUCAUUCGCGAACAAGUAUAAUCACAAAUUUGGGAGCUGGAUAGCGACGGAGGGGGAUCUGAAGAUAUCGAAACAGGCGUACGCGGUGUUGGGGUAUUUUGCGUAUGAGACUGUGGCGCAGAUAAUGGAUUUUGCGUUUCUGGUGAAGCACGACCAGACGAAGAUACAUGGGGAUGCGUUGGAUAGGCUCAGGCUGGGCUAUUGUAAUCCUGCGACGUACAAGCCUUAUCAACAUGGCAAGGGAGCCUCGAUGAAGCCAGUGACUCCAUCAGAAAUAAACGAGGCCCUCAGGCGCUACUGGUCCCCCCAACUGGACAAAACAGGCCCCUUCAAUCGCUGGUCAACGCCCAAACAACACCCCAAGUUCCUCGCCAUCUAGACUAGAUGCAGUACCUUUCCAGAAUAACUCCCCUCCAAGACCACUUCCAAGUACUCCUUUUAAUACAAAUUUUUAUUACAUUAUGUGACAAUAUCUACAAUUUAAUAUCCCUAAGUGAUUCAUCGCGAUCUCAUUAUAAAAUCAAUACCAAUAACGGUUCUCCUGGAA